UCCAUGUGCUGUAGGUGCCAAUAAAACGUGAUGAAGCUCCAGCCUGGAUGAUGUUUCUCAGGUCAUUCCUGAUGUUUUGAUGUUUCUCAGGUUCCCUCCCUCUGUAUAUUUGGUGUAUCAGUGAUAAAGUGCCCCUGUGUAUGAAUGACAUGUGAAUGGUGUAUUGAUGUGGAAUCCUACAUCACUCCUCAAGUCCACGCUCUGUUCCUCUGAUCAGAGAUGAACCCUGGGGCGGGGGGUGGAGUCCAGGAUUAGGGCUGUAACCUAGGACAAGUUUUAGACCCCCAAGGGGUUUGGACUCCAGGACCAGGGGUUAUUUUUUUUUUUUUUACUGGUUUUUCAGAACCAGUCUGGACCCCAAUACCAGAGCUGUACUCCAGGAUUAGGGCUGUUCCUCAGGACAGGGUUCUGCAGUGACUGAACAGAUCAUUUCUUGCUUUUUAUUUCUCAGUAUUAAACAGUUCCUGCUGAUCAUCACUGCACAAGGGUCACCUGAGGGUCUGUAGACUCCACCAGGGCCACCCGAGGGUCUGUAGACUCCACCAGGGUCACCUGAGGGUCUGUGAAGAUUAACAGGGUCACCUGAGGGUCUGUGAACAUUAACAGGAUCACUAGAGGAUCUGUGGACUCCACCAGGAUCACUAGAGGGUCUGUGGACAUUACCAGGGUCACCUGAGGGUCUGUGAACAUUAACAGGAUCACUAGAGGAUCUGUGGACUCCACCAGGAUCACUAGAGGGCCUUUGGACCUCAUGAGGAUCGCCUCAUUGUGCUAGAUCACAUCAGGAAUUGGAACUACAUCAAGGUUGGGAGAUUUUGUGGUGGUUUUAGAGGACAGUUAUAUAAAAUACAUAGCGGGAAGUUUGAAGAAGCUCAGAGUGAGUUUAUGUGAAUGAUCUGAUCAAUCCUGUGCUCCUCAGCGAGCUCCCAAUGGCAAUCCCUAUCGCGAUCCUGGACUGUGACCUGCUUCUUCAUGGCCGCGGCCACAAAACCCUGGAUCGAUUCGACAUUGAAUCCGUAUCGGACGAGUUUCUUUUGACGACGUUUGGUUUCCCGCGCGACUUCAUCUAUUACUUGGUGGAGCUGCUGAAGGACGGCUUGUUGAGAAGGACGCAGAGGUCACGAGCCAUCAGCCCCGACGUUCAGAUCCUCGCGGCUUUGGGUUUCUACACGUCAGGAUCCUUUCAGAGCAAAAUGGGAGACGCCAUCGGGAUCAGCCAGGCCUCCAUGAGCCGCUGCGUCUCCAACGUCACCAGAGCUCUGAUGGAGAAAGCUCCUGAGUUUAUUGGCUUCGAGAGGGACGAAGCGGCCAGGCAGCAGGAUAAAGAGGAGUUCUUCAGGGUGGCCGGGAUUCCGAACGUAAUCGGAGUUAUAGACUGCGCACACAUCGCCAUUAAAGCCCCGAACGCAGACAAUUCCUCAUACGUCAAUAAGAAAGGCUUCCACUCCAUUAACUGCCAGCUGGUCUGUGACGCUCGAGGGCUGCUUCUGAGCGCCCAGACGCACUGGCCUGGGAGUCUCGCACACAGAGCUGUGUUCACCCAGUCCAGCGUUUACAAGAUGUUUGAGGAGCAGGAGAAACAUGAGGGCUGGCUUUUAGGAGAUCAUCGCUAUCCUCUACGAAAGUGGUUGAUGACCCCGGUUCCAAAUCCAGACACUCCCGCGGAUUUCCGCUACAACGUGGCACACGUGAGCACGCACGAGAUCGUAGACCGCACCUUCCGCGCCCUCCAGACGCGCUUCCGCUGCCUGGACGGAGCCAAAGGCUAUCUGCAGUACUCUCCUGAGAAGUGUUCUCACAUCAUCCAGGCCUGCUGCGUCCUCCACAACAUCUCGCUACAGUCUGGACUCGACGCCUGGACCUUCGAGAGGACAGAGGCCACCGACCAAUCAGAAGAGAGCAGCGAUCCCACAGAAAAUGUGGACGUGGGGGCGCUGAGAGUGCGGCAGGAACUGAUCCAGAAUCAUUUCAGCUAGAGCUGAGCCAUAAAGACUGUCUCACAGAGGCACUGUGUGGGUUAAAACCUGAAGGACUUGGUGGAAGCAGGUGGAGGAACCUGACAGGAACCUGAAAAGGGGAUUUUGUAGUGAACAUGGAAACAAAGGGGAAGAUGUUGUUUGGACUGAACAAGAACAAAUACACAUGAGAAAAAUUCUG